AUGGAGCCAAUUCCAAAACUCCUAGCUGGCCUUAUUCUGCUGACUCUGUGUGUGGAGGGCUGCUCCAGCCAGCACUGGUCCUAUGGACUGCGUCCUGGAGGAAAGAGAGAUGCCGAAAAUUUGAUGGAUUCUUUCCAAGAGAUAGUCAAAGAGGUUGGUCAACUGGCAGAAACCCAACACUUCGAAUGCACCAUGCACCAGCCACGUUCUCCCCUCCAAGACCUGAAAGGAGCUCUGGAAAGUCUGAUUGAAGAGGAAACUGGGCAGAAGAAGAUUUAA